AUGGCUUCCAACGUGUUUGAAACCGCCAAGUCCGCCGAUUGGCACAUUAAAGCCUUGUUCACGGUUGUGAUACUGCUGGUUUCGCUGCUAGCCAAUGAAUGGAUUAAUAAGCUCUGGCUGUCUUGGCGGCUGAGGAAAUAUCCCAUCGCCAACCAUGGGAAGCCUCAGGAGGAAUUCAUGAGGGGUGCAGCAUCCGUUAUGCGCAAAGGACUCGACACAUUCAAGGGCCAACCUUUCCGCGUUGAUGACUUCUCGCAAUCUGGGCCGAAACUGCUGCUAUCACCCAAAUACAUCGACGAAAUCAAAAGCAACCCAGCUUGUGAUUUUGGUUCCUUCGUUCACAAGGACUUUUAUGCCAACUAUCCUGGGUUUGAACCGUUUGGCACGGCGACCAGCGCCUCAAUUUUCCAGGAUGCUGUGCGUAAGGAACUCGCCCAGGUACUUGCCCUCACCAUCGCACCGAUGGCUGCCGAGCUUCCAAACACCCUGAACAAGGUCCUCGGCCACCCGGACUCCUGGUCCGAGAUCGAGUUGCAGUCGAUGCUGCUCCAAUGCAUCUCGCGACUCACUAGCAAUCUAUUUCUCGGACCCAAGUUUAUGGAGGACCCUGACUGGCAGUACCUCAGCACACAGUAUGUGAAAGACGUCAACAUUGCUAGCCAGCGAUUGAACAACCUGCCUCCCUUCGUGCGACCGAUCGCCCACUGGUUCCUGCCUGAAUGCCGGAAGAUCAGGGCUGAGGUCAACAAAGCCCGCGCAAUGAUUGGGCCCGAGGUCGAUCGCCGGAUGGAGGAGCUCCGGAAGCACGGUGGCCCACGUCGCAGGGUACUCGACAGCGUUGACUGGUUUCUCGCCUCGAUGAAGGGCAAAGAGAACAUUAAAUUUGACAUUGCAGUUGCUGAAAUAUCCCUUUCCAUGGCGGCCAUCCACACUACCACGCGGACCACAAUCUGCUUAAUGAGAGACCUGCUGGCCCACCCCGAAUACAUACAGGACCUGCGUGACGAAUGCGUGGCAGUCCUGAAGGAGACAGGCAAGCUUGACAAGACGACGAUAUUUAAGAUGCGGAAGUUAGACAGUGUCUUGAGGGAGAGCAUGAGAACAAAUCCAGCCUCCGUCUCAAAUAUGCCACGCCUUGCUCAACAAGACGUGAAAUUUCAAGAUGGCACUGUGGUUCCCAAAGGCGCCUACACGAUGAUUUAUCCCCUUCCGCUGGGCAACCCCGAGCUUUAUCCAGAGCCAGAAAAGUUCGACGGGUAUCGCUUCCUACGCGCCCGCGAGGAACCGAAUGCUGAGAACAAAUACCAGUCGGUAACAACCGGGACGGACUUUACCUUCUUCGGCCACGGAACGCAUGCCUGCCCGGGUCGUUUUCUCGCGACCAAUGAGAUCAAGCUACUGGUUAUUUAUCUGCUGCUGCACUACGACUGGGAGCUACCCAAGACUCAGGGCUUGUUACCGACCAUGUCGGCUGGGAUAUUCAUGCAACCAGACGGGAGACAAAAGGCUUUGUACAAGAUUCGGGAACCGGAGGUGGACAUUACCAAGUUCUGUGAUAUCACUGUGUAG